AUGCUAAAACAACGUAUGGCGACAUUACCAAAGGCUCGGGUCACCCCAUCUCCACCAUUUGCAAGAUCUGGCUUAGACUAUUGCGGUCCAUUCAACAUACGCAUUGGCUCCAAGGCUGUACGAACCGUGCGGAAGGCUUACGUGACAAUCCUUGUGUGCAUGGUAACCAAGGCAGCGCACAUCGAACUGGCUGAAGAUCUCACUUCUGAGGCAUUCAUAAAUGCAUACACCCGUUUCGUAAACCGGCGUGGUCCAUGUAAUCAUUUAUACAGUGACAAUGGCACUACAUUCAUUGGCUUACAGGCUUGGCAUAAUGAAUAUUCUCAACAGGAAUUGGCAAAUCGAGGCACAAAAUGGCAUUUUCUACCACCUGGCGCACCUCAUCAAGGCGGUCUAUGGGAAGCUGCCGUUAAGUCAGCAAAAAAGCACUUACUACGCAUUGUUGGCACCCAUUCCAUUUACUAUGAUCAGCUACAUACUGUACUUGUACAUAUCGAGGCUUGCUUGAAUUCACGUCCACUUAUACCAUUGCAUAACACUUGUGACGACAAGAUGGCUCUAUCACCUGCAGAUUUCCUAAUUGGCAAGGUACCUAGCAAGAAAUUAUCAUACUCGCGAAAGAUAUGCAGGCUUGUGGAGCAUCCUGAACGUACCCGUCCAGCCGGGGAGGAUGUUUGA